CCAUCACGAUGCGUUUCUCAGUUGCUACUCUCCUCCCUCUCGCGGCCCUCGCGGUCCCCGCCCUCACCGCCUCCGUCCAGGCUAGGGACGGCUCCUGGGGUGGUGUCGACGACGGCAAGGAUGGCCACAAAGGCGAUGGCAAGAAAGACUACGACAACAAGGACUAUGGCAACGGUCGCAAGGAUUGCACCUGGGAGCCUGUGUUCGAGCACAAGCAGGACUUCAAGGGAUGGAACCAGGGCAAGUACACUCCCUACGACCACAAGGAUGUCAAGAAAGACACCUACGAGUUUGGUAAGCCCAUCGGUUUUAUUUUCGUCCAUGAUUAUUUUUCCUGACGUCCACUCAGACUGCAAGGACUUUUGCGAGAAGGACGACAAAUGUAACUCUUGCCAGGUCUACUCCGAGGAAGAGAACGAGGAGAAGUUCAUCUGUGAGCUUUUCGAGGAGAUCAUCGACCUCCUGACCUGGGAGGACGACUGUGAUGAGGACAAGGAUGGAAAGGACAGGGAUGACAAGAAGGACAAGGACGACAAGAAGGACAAGGACGACAGGAAGGACAAAGAUGACAAGAAGGAUGGCAAGAAGUACUACGACUCUUCUUGCUGGAACGCGCACUACACCUACUACUAAGUCCGACGAGGCUUUGUAUGGGUAUUGACCAUGGACAUUUGUAAGAGUGUGUAUGUAUAGGAUUGUAUACCUCGAAUUCGAUUUUGCAUGUGGU